AUGCUCGCCGCCGCGCGUCGCCGCGCGUCCGCCGCGCGAGCGUCCACGGUCGAAGCGUGCGCGCGAGCGCUGGCGUCGGGGUCGGCGACGCGCGCGCGGGCGUCGGCGUGCGCGAACGCUGCGCGCGGGACGUGGGCCGAAGCAUCGACUUCAACGCCGCCUCGCGCCGCGCACGCGAGCUCUUUCGUCGCUCGACGACCGAGAACGGGCGAUGGUGAAUAUUUCCGUUCGUUCGCCGCGUCGGCGUCGACGUCUCACUCGUCGAGGGUGAAGGCGGACGAAGAAGCGUCGUCGGCGUCGUCGGCGGCGACGCCGGCGCCCGAGGCGGAGAACACCUGGGUCGAUCGCGUCGUUCCCUCGUCCUUGGUGCCGUACGCCAAGCUCGUGAGAUUGGACCGACCUAUCGGGACCGCGCUUUUGGCGUGGCCGUGCUUCUGGUCGAUCGCGCUGGCGGCGGACGCGGGCGCGCUUCCGGACGCGCGUCUGCUCGGACUGUUCGGCGUCGGAGCGCUUCUUCUUCGAGGCGCGGGGUGCACGGUGAACGAUCUGUGGGAUCGAGACAUCGAUAAUAAAGUUUCGCGCACGCGUAACCGCCCGAUCGCGAGCGGGGCGGUGAGCGUUCCGAAAGCCAUAUUGUUUUUAGGCGCGCAACUCGCGCUCGGACUCGGCGUGUUGGUUCAGCUGAACGAUUAUUCAAAAAUUCUGGGCGCGAGUUCGUUGGCUCUCGUCGCAGCGUAUCCCGCCAUGAAACGCAUCACGAAUUAUCCACAGGCGUUUCUCGGGUUGACGUUUAAUUGGGGGGCUUUGCUCGGCUGGGCCGCCGUGCACGGCUCGUGCGACUGGGGCGCGGUGCUGCCGCUCUACGCCUCAGGCGUGGCGUGGACUUUGGUGUACGACACUAUUUAUGCGCAUCAAGAUAAGCACGACGACGCCAAGGUCGGUAUCAAGUCGACUGCGUUGCACUUUGGUAAAGACACAAAGAAAUAUUUAGGAGCGUUCGCGCUCGCCGGCACUUCGGCGCUUUGCGCAUCUGGGGCGUACGUCGGUUUAGAUUAUCCGUUUUACGUCGGCGUCGCAACCGCGACGUCACAUUUGUUUUGGCAAAUCGCGACGGUGGAUUUGGACGAUCGAGAAGACUGUGCGGCGAAGUUUCGCAGCAACUCGACGUACGGCGCACUGGUGUUCGCGGGGAUAGUCGCAGGAAAGGUGUUUUGA